AUGAACAUGAACGUUGCUACCAAUUUCAACAACGCUUCUUCUUCUUCCUCCUACGUCUCUUCUCAAUGUAACCGUUUCACCUCAUUCAACCAUAGGCGUAGAGCUUCUUUUUCUUCUCAUAAAUUUGUUAUAGGUCUCAGUAAUGGUCCACACUUACUUCCACUUAGAAAUUCCCGCUUCGAAACCCUUCGUUUCUCUAAACCCUCGCUAAAACCUUGUUUCGCUUCUUCUCAUCAUUCUCACCUCAAUCAACAACAAUCUCUUCUCGAUGAUGAAUCUCAUCGCGAUUCCGACACCGACGCCGACUCUGAAACCACACCUGAAUUACCGGUUAAUCAAAUUCAAAAUCAGAAUCAAAAUGGAGAAGGUUUCUCGAUUUCGGAUGUGAAACGUGAGAUUAUAUCGCUUUCUUUGCCUGCACUUGCUGGACAAGCUAUUGAUCCAAUGACACAGUUGAUGGAAACUGCGUACAUUGGUCGACUCGGGACUGUUGAAUUGGCUUCUGCUGGUGUUUCUGUUUCCAUCUUUAACAUCAUUUCAAAGCUAUUUAAUAUUCCGCUUCUUAGUGUUGCUACUUCUUUUGUUGCUGAAGAUAUGGCAAAUGCUGCUAAAAAUUCUGAUUGUGAUACAGAUCAGGGUGGUAGUACAAAAAUUAGUGAUUACGGUAACCCUUUCACAGCAGUUUAUGAAAGAAAGCAACUCUCCUCUGUUUCCACUGCUUUGCUAUUAGCUAUGGGGAUUGGCAUUUUUGAGGCUUUGGCUAUGUAUUUUGGAUCUCAAACAUUUCUUCGUUUGAUUGGUGUAUCAGCGGGAAAUCCAACACUUGUUCCGGCGCAAAAGUUUCUCUCGUUAAGAGCAUUUGGUGCUCCUGCAGUUGUGCUUUCUUUGGCUCUUCAAGGAAUUUUUCGUGGUUUUAAGGAUACCAAAACUCCUGUUAUAUGUCUAGGCAUUGGUAAUCUUUCAGCGGUCUUUUUAUUUCCCUUACUCAUGUAUCACUUUAAGUUGGGUGUAGCCGGUGCAGCCAUUUCCACUGUUCUCUCUCAAUAUAUUGGGACCUUGUUGAUGAUCUGGUGUCUAAAUAAGAGAGCUGUGUUACUACCUCCAAAAAUGGGAAACUUGCAAUUUGGCGGUUAUAUUAAGUCUGGUGGUUUCGUAAUUGGAAGAACACUUGCUGUUCUUACAACCUUGACAUUGGGGACAUCAAUGGCUGCUCGUCAUGGCCCAGUAGCUAUGGCUGCACAUCAAAUAUUCAUGCAAGUGUGGUUAGCCGUUUCACUUCUUACAGAUGCAUUGGCUGUAUCUGGUCAGGCCCUAAUUGCAAGUUCUAUAUCAAGACAUGAAUACAAAGCUGUGAAGGAAAUUACUCAUUUUGUAUUAAAGAUUGGACUGCUGACAGGCAUCUGCCUGACUGCAAUUCUGGGUGCAUCUUUUGGAUCUUUAGCUACCCUUUUCACCCAGGACUUAGAAGUUUUGCAAGUUGUCAGAACUGGAGUGUUGUUUGUCAGUGCUUCUCAACCUUUUAAUGCACUGGCUUAUAUUUUUGAUGGUCUCCAUUAUGGUGUUUCUGAUUUCCCAUAUGCUGCUUUCUCCAUGAUGAUUGUGGGAGCAUUCUCCUCAGCAUUUUUGCUAUUUGCCUCUCCACGUUUUGGCCUUCGCGGUGUAUGGAUGGGCUUGACUCUCUUCAUGGCACUUCGAGCAGCAGCUGGUUCUGUCAGAUUACUAUCAAAGAAUGGACCGUGGUGGUUUCUACACAAGGAUUUUCAGAUUACAAAGACGGUCUCUUAA